AUGACAUAUAUCUUGGUUGAAGUAGAUUACGUCUCCAAAUGGGUCGAGGCAAUUGCCUUGACGAACAAUGAGGCUAGGAGUGUAACUGCCUUCUUGAAGAAGAACAUAUUUACUUGGUUUGGAACCCCAAGGGUCAUCCUUAGUGAUGGUGGUUCUCACUUUUGCAACAAAGCUUUUGUCGGGUUGCUUGAAAAAUAUGGAGUUAAGCACAUGGUGGCCACCCCUUAUCAUCCUCAAUCGAGUGGUCAAGUUGAAGUUUCUAACUGGGAGAUAAAAAACUAUUCUAGCAAAAACUGUAAAGCUUGUCACUUGCUAGUGGAGCUUGAAAAUAAAGCUAUGUGGGCAUUGAAAAAGUUAAAUCCUGACUGGGCCGAAGCUGCUAAUCUAAGAAUGACACAAAUCAACGAGAUGGAAGAAUUAUGUUUUUAUGCCUAUGAGAAUGCAGCCAUGUUUAAGGAAAGAAUGAAUUUUGUUCAUGACAAGAAGAUUUUGAAGCGGGAAUUCAAAUCUGGUGACUUGGUCUUACUCUUCAACUCUAGACUGAAGUUCUUUCCGGGCAAACUCAAAUCCAAAUGGUUUGGCCCGUUCAAAGUUGUGAAUGUGUCUUCCUAUGGCGCUAUUGAAUUGGAAUCUGGGACGGGACUCGAAACUUCAAAGUAA